AGCUACGCUGUCUGGCUCAGCUGUUCUCAGUAGCUCUGUGUGCUGUGUGGACGAGGCUGUGCUGGGCUGGACUAGUGCUGGAGUGCCGUUGAGUACUCAGCAGGUAUUUGAGAGCUGUCUACCUACAAGACUGGAUUAGCAGCUGAAACACACUGGGCUGGGUUUUGUUACUGAACAACAACAGAAAGACAGAGCAAAACCUUCAUGAAGAGAGAAGGAUAUCAAGGAGAAUGUAUUAGACUGGAAAGGUGCUGGAGAAGAGACCCAUGUUAGGCAGAUGUCAAGUCCAGAUCCCCUCACUAUCUGUGGACUCAUUAUGGUCCAGUUCUUCUCUCUAGGACAUCUUUUGUGGCUGUGAACUGUGGUGCUUUGGCUGAGUUCUGCGGUGCGGUUAGAUUUGACCUGGUUCGGCAUUUUCUCUGUGACACUGAUUGGUAAAGUACCUGCAGAUCUGUUUUUAGGUUCUAACAAGCUGGACUUCGACCCUAGUAGUGACUUUUGACCCAGGACAGGUUCCGAUUCUGGUGGAAACUGGUCCAUAUCUGGAGGACUGGAUCCACGAGACAUCAUUACUGGACCGGAGAACCGGGUUACACACAAGACCUUACCCCUGGUCCUGGACUGAUCCUGCGUUUCUGGAGAAUAGGAUCAAAGGAGUACUUUCGGGAACCUGUUGGGCCUCUCUCUCCCCAGGACCAUGGGCUCUCUCUGGGGGACAGGCGCGCUGCUGUGUGGAAUGGUUCUCCUCUGGAGCCGAGGCAGUGGUGCCCAGCAGACUAAGAGCAAUGUCCCCAGACUAAAGCUCUCCUAUAAGGAGAUGCUGGAAUCCAAUAACCUGGUAACAUUUGAGGGCCUUGCCAACAGCUCUGCCUACCACACCUUCCUAUUGGACGAGGAGAAGGGCCGGCUGGUGGUGGGAGCCAAGGACCACAUCUUCUCUUUCAACCUCAUCAACAUUAGCAAAGACUAUGCACAAAUCCCAUGGCCGGCCUCCCCCUCCAGGAGAGAUGAGUGCAAGUGGGCAGGGAAAGACCUUUCGAGGGAGUGUUCUAACUUCAUCAAAGUGUUGCAGCCAUUCAACCAGACUCAUCUCUAUGUGUGUGGAACAGGGGCCUUCCACCCUGUCUGUGCUUACCUGGAGGUGGGCAAGAGACCUGAGGACAGUGUGUUCAGACUGGAGUCUCACAUAGAGAACGGACGAGGGAAGAGCCCUUAUGAUCCCAAACUGCUCACCGCCUCCAUGCUCAUCGAUGGGGAGCUGUACUCGGGGACGUCAGCUGACUUCAUGGGGCGGGACUUUGCCAUAUUCCGGACCCUUGGCAAGCACCAUCCAAUCAGGACGGAGCAGCAUGACUCGCGCUGGCUGAACGACCCGAGGUUUGUGAGCGUCCACCAGAUCCCUGAGAGUGACAACCCCGAGGAUGACAAGAUCUACCUGUUCUUCCGAGAGAACGCCAUGGAUGGAGAGCACGCAGGGAAGGCGACACAUGCUCGCAUCGGACAGCUCUGCAAGAAUGAUCUGGGGGGCCACAGGAGUCUGGUGAACAAAUGGACCACCUUCCUCAAAGCUCGGCUGGUCUGCUCUGUCCCCGGCCUCAACGGCAUCGACACACACUUCGAUGAGCUGCAGGAUGUGUUCUUGAUCAGCUCCAAGGAUCCGAAGAACCCCAUAGUGUAUGCCGUGUUCACCACCUCCAGUAACAUCUUCAAGGGGUCGGCAGUGUGCAUGUACAACAUGGCAGACAUCAGGAGGGUGUUCCUGGGUCCCUAUGCCCACAGAGAUGGACCCAACUACCAGUGGGUGCCCUUCCAGGGGCGCGUCCCCUACCCUCGCCCCGGCACGUGCCCCAGCAAGACCUUCGGAGGAUUCUAUUCAACGAAGGACCUCCCCGACGACGUCAUCACCUUCGCCAGAGGUCACCCGGCCAUGUUUAACCCUGUGUACCCGAUCAACAACCGACCAAUCAUAGUCAAAACAGAUGUGGACUACCAGUUCACUCAGUUAGUGGUGGACAGGGUGGAGGCAGAGGAUGGACAGUACGAUGUCAUGUUCAUAGGCACAGAUGCGGGGACAGUGCUGAAGGUGGUCUCCGUCCCUCGAGGUUCCUGGCAUGACUUGGAGGAGGUCCUCCUGGAGGAGAUGACGGUGUUCAGGGAACCGACCGCUAUAACGGCUAUGGAGCUUUCCACCAAGCAGCAACAGCUGUACCUGGGCUCAUCCAUGGGCGUGUCCCAGAUGCCUUUGCACCGCUGUGAGGUGUACGGAAAGGCCUGCGCCGAGUGCUGUCUGGCUAGAGACCCCUACUGUGCCUGGGAUGGCACCGAGUGUUCCAGAUACUUCCCCAUGGCCAAGAGGAGAACAAGGAGGCAGGACAUCAGGAAUGGCGACCCUUUGACCCAGUGCUCAGAUCUGCAGCAUCACGACGACCUCAACGGUCAAACUACCCUGCUGGUCAAGACGGUGUAUGGGGUGGAGAACAGCAGCACGUUUCUGGAAUGUACUCCCAAGUCUCAGAGAGCUCUUACUUACUGGCAGUACCAACAACCCAACGACGACCGCAAACAAGAGAUCAAAGCCGGGGAGCGUUUCAUUCGUACGGAGCAAGGCCUGCUGAUCCGAACCCUGACCAAGCAGGAUUCCGGAACCUUUCUGUGUCAGGCGGUGGAGCACGGUUUCAUGCAGACCCUCCUGAAGGUCACCCUGGAGGUCAUCGACACCGAGCGCCUGGACGAGCUGCUCCACCGUGACGAGGAGCCCGCCGCCCUCUCCCCCCCCGUCCAGGACCUGCCCCCCGCGCGCGAGUCGCCCAAUCAGAAGGUGUGGUACAGAGACUUCCUGUCCCUGGUCAACCAGCCCACCACGAACAGUGUGGAUGAGUUCUGUGAGCAGGUGUGGAAGAGGGAGAGGAAGCACAGGAGGCAGAAGGCCAAUCUCGCCCAGCAGGUACAGCAGCAUCAGCAACAGCAGCAGCAGCAGCAGCAGCAGCAGCAGCAGCAGAAGGGGCUCGUGCACGCUCACGGCCACGCCCACGGGCUGGCCGCCAAGUGGAAACACCUGCAGGAGAGGCAGAAAGGACGCAACCGCAGGACCCACGAACUGGAGAGAGCCCCUCGCAGCGUUUGACCUCGAUAUCGGACCCCCGCAUCUCCAACCCGAAUCCCAUGUCUGAGUCCUGGUCCCCAUCACCUCGCCCCCCCCCCCCACACCACCUCUAUCACAUACUGAGACAUAGACUCCUUCCUUCCACACAGACUUGUGAAUAAAAGAAAGCUCAACUGGAAACAAAGGCAAUAUCCCUCUGGUCGGUAUGUUGUGUGUGUGCGUGGGCACCAUGUUUACAGUGAGCCGCUCAGAAGGACGCCCAGAGGCAAGAUGUUCUACAGGACUGUUAUCUCAGCUGGCCUGCCUGGCCUCUGCCCCAAUGACGAACAGCUUCAGCCAUCAAGGCCCCUUACCAUGCUCCACUCCUGAAUAGACUUACCAACAGCCCUGUCUAGAUAGCUAUGUUUCAUGUAAUAAUAAGGUUUUGUGAUUUACUGUUUAUCAUCUCCUUUCUCCAACCAGAUUCUAAAACCUAAAAUGUAUCUAGACGGAUCUUAGGAAACAAGGGAUGAUAGUGUUUUAGAAUCGCUCAAAGAGCCGGAACAGGUCUCCUAACGUAUCAUAAAGACAAUACAUCUUCACAGCUAGGUUAAAAGCACAAAGGUUUGAUGUUUUGUGGAGAACGUGUAGGAUCCUAAGGACUGAGGUGAAUGCCCAAGCACUGCAAGCAACGUCACAGAGUCGCUACCACUUGUCAACUUUGAUCUUGUUCUAAGUUAUGUACUAUGUGUAAAUAAUUGCUUUGUUACCUCGUACUAAAGGGAAUGGUGUCUGGAAUUUGUGUUACUUUCUGUUGCUAGCCCCAUAAACAAAUGUAUUUAAGAAAAAGUGAUUACAUGUUUUGGAUUCAAAAGCAGUCAAUUAGAAAAGUGAAAUUGUGUAACAGUAAUGGUGUUUAAGUGUAUAGUUGAGCUCUUCCAACACAGAUGUUUAGUAUUUUAUUUUUAUGCUUGUCCUAGUAUUCAAUAAUCCAAUGAUUCUGCUAUAACUUGCUACCCGUUUUUGUUACAUCAUUUUUAAUUUUCUUACCACUAUUCCAAGUCCAAGUCAUUAUCUAGUUACCAAGUUGAUUAUAUUGAUUAUGCAAUUUACAUACAACAAUGUGUUUAUAUUUAUUGAAGUACAGUGCCCUCCAAAAGUAUUGGAACAGUGAGGCCAAUUCCUUUAUUUUUGCUGUAGACUGAAAACAUUUGGG